UCCGCCACACCGAGACACCGAAAAAAAAAAUAAAAAAAACCCCACAUACAUUUUGGCGGCAACGAACGUCCGGAUUUAUUAUUUUUUUUUUUCGAAAUUAAUUUGCUCCCCCCCGUUUGUGAACCUGGGUCUCGGUUUUUUUGGCUCUUUCGACUCCAAACGCUUUUCGAAAAACAUCUCGGUCGUCUCCGUCGUCCGUAUAAGUUGUGCUUACCGUCGUCGUUGGAAUUUAAAAAAAAAAUUAUAAUAAGUGUAAUUAUUUUUAUUAUUAUAACAAUUGUUUUAAAUUGCCAAAAGAAUAACGUAUACUUUUUAAAUCGCGCCGUCGACGCUGCACCAAACACGGAAUGUGAUGAUCAAGUUAAACGCUUAGAUACGGCUAAAUCUUAGAAGACGAAAGAGCUGCUGAGACAAAAGCGACCGCAUCGAAAAGGCCUAAGGGCGAAGAAGAGACGACCGCGAAGAUCGUCCGCACCCGAUUUCUGCACGAAGCCAAUGUAAACGCCUAAUCGUGGACUCCCAAAUUCAAUCAGGUUAUUUUUCCAACAGGUUGCACUGUUUCUUGCCUGCAAUCACUCUGGCCAGCGUCCAAGGUUGCCCGACCCCGACAGCCGGACCCGGGCUGAGCUGGUGGACAAUGAUGAACGGCGGCCUUUACGAGGAGAGCCCGCCGCCGCCGCCACCACCACCACCGGUGCCACCGCCGGUGUCUCAACACCAACAGCAGCAACAGCAACAACAGCAGCAACCCUUAUCCGGAGGAGGUGAGGCUCGCAUCAUCAAGACGUCGCCUUCGUCCACCCCGAUCACCACGGCGUCGUCUUCGUCGGUAGCCGGCACGCCACCGCCGCCGACGCCGCUUCACAUACCGGCCAAGCGACUAUUGCACGCGCCUCCACCUUCUUCGGGUGGCUACGAGUGCAUGGACUCGGCGGCCGCCGCGGGUGUCAUACGGCACUCGCAUCACCAGUGGAACGCGUACUCGCCCGUGGAUCACGCGGUCGCCGCGGCCGCGGCCGGUUGCGCGUUCGACCAGUACCCGGGCGCGGGCAGCAAUCACCAUCAUCACGCGGCCGCCGCGCCCACCUACUACAACCUGGCCGCCGAAAACCACCGAGGCGUCAUGCCCGACGGCCGGAAACCGCCGACCGGCUUGCCGUUCUGGUCGCCCGCCGCCACCGACUAUUGCGGCAAUAAGUAUACCAACGGCGGCGGAAGCGGCGGCGCCAUAACGCCGUGCAGCAGUUCCGCCGGCCCGGCCGCCGAUCAGUUCUCGUCGCAAUCGUGGUGCAAUUACUCGCCAUACACCACGUCGUCGUCGUCUUCUGCUUCUGCCGCCGCGGCAGCCGCAGCCGCCGCUUCCAGGCACUCUUCGGCCGGCGGCGGCGGCGGUGGCGGCAGCGGCGGUCCCGGCGUGGACACCCCGCAGUCCGUCUCGUCGUACUUGAGUCCGGGCGAGGACAGGAACCCGCGGAUGGCCUCGUCGGCCGUGGACAGUUCCGGUUCUUUCGGCCACGAUACCUCGUACCCGCUGCGGAGCUACGUGAGCGGCCACGAUCCAGUUACCUCCACACCUUAUCCACCAACAGGUUCGUUGUCGGGCAUCGGCAUGGGAGUGAGUUCGAACCCGCUGGAGUGGACGGGCCAGGUUACGGUGCGCAAGAAGAGGAAACCUUACUCCAAGUUCCAAACGCUGGAGCUGGAGAAAGAGUUUCUGUUCAACGCGUACGUGUCCAAACAGAAGCGAUGGGAGCUGGCCCGGAACCUGGCGCUGUCCGAACGCCAGGUGAAAAUCUGGUUCCAGAACCGGCGGAUGAAGAACAAGAAGAACAGCCAGCGGCAGGCGGUGCAACAGCAGCAGAACAGCAACAACAACAACAACAGCAACAGCAGCGCCAACGCCAAUCACCACCACAUGGUGAUCGGCCAUCACGGGUCCGCCAACGGGCCCAUCAAACAUCAUCAGUGACCGACGCAUUACUCUGGAGUCGCACCCGUCGCGCCGCCGCACCACCAUCCGCUCCAUCACCACCACGUUCAUCAUCAGUCGCCACCGCACCACCAUCACCAUCACCAUU